ACUGUGCGUGUGUGUGUGUGUGUGUGUGUCUGUCUGUCUCUUUCCAUACCGGGGGAUUGCACUCUUAAAAUACACCCGAUACAAUGCACCAGCCUGACUCAGCCGCAGACAUUAGUGCUAGGAAGAUGGCGCACCCGGCGAUGUUUCCUAGAAGGGGCAGCAGCAGUAGCAGCGGCAGCAGCUGCGUUACUGCUCCCACUGCACCAGGUACCGGCGUUGGGAGCGCUGCCCUCUCCGCCGAGGAUUAUCAGCCGCCUUUGCUGGUCCAGCCGCCGCCUCCAUCUCCUGCAGCAGCUUCAACCGCGGGUCCACAGCCGACACCCCCUCACCCACAAAGCCUGAACCUCCUCUCGCAGUCUCAGCUCCAGCCACAGCCCCUUGCACAGACUGGAGCUCAAAUGAAAAAGAAAAGUGGUUUUCAGAUUACCAGUGUGACCCCUGCUCAAAUAUCAGCUAGUAUGAGCUCUAAUAACAGCAUAGCUGAGGAUACAGAAAGCUAUGAUGACCUCGAUGAGUCUCACACUGAAGACCUGUCAUCUUCAGAAAUCUUGGAUGUGUCUUUAUCCAGAGCCACUGACAUGGGAGAACCUGAGAGGAGUUCUUCUGAAGAGACUCUAAAUAACUUCCAAGAGGCAGAGACUCCUGGGGCUGUUUCUCCAAACCAGCCUCAUCUCCCUCAGCAGCAUGCUCCUCUGCCUCAUCACCCACAGCAGAGUGUUGUGAUCAAUGGAAGUGUUCAUCCCCAUCAUGUUCAUCAUCACCACCAUCUUCACCACCACCAUCAUGGACACCAUCAUCCAUCGCAUCCUGGGGUGGGUAGUGCCCCAAUUUCUGGAGGACCACCGCCCAGUCCAUCGUUCAGAAAACUAUCAACAACUGGAAGCUCUGACAAUGUUAUAUCAACUGCACCAGUUUCUGCUGCAUCAUCCACUGGUUCUCCGGCAUCUGCCGUGUCUAAUAUCCGCACUACAAGUACUCCUGGAAAUUUAGGUAUAAGUCCUGCUGCUGGAACUAGUACCUUAAAUAAUGUUAGUGGUGGUAGUUCUAGUGUGGCAAGCAAUGUGCUUGGUACUAUUAAUUUAAGCAACAUCAUGAGUACUGGUAAUGUAAAUGCUUUGUCUGGAGCUAGCAGCAAUGCUAAUGUGAAUAUCAUGAGUGGUGUUGGCAAUGGUACGAGUGCUUCCUCUAGUGUCAUUAACAAUGUUACUAAUCCAACUGCAGGAAUGGCAGUGGGAUCAGGCCAGCAGCAACCUGCAUCUGGCACAUCAAGGUUUAGGGUUGUAAAAUUAGAUUCUAGUUCUGAGCCUUUCAAAAAAGGUAGAUGGACAUGCACUGAAUUCUAUGAUAAAGAAAACACUGUUGCAGUUUCGGAGGGAGUAGCAGUAAACAAAGCAGUAGAGACGAUAAAACAAAACCCGCUUGAAGUGACUUCUGAAAGGGAGAGCACCAGUGGGAGUUCUGUUAGCAGCAAUGUAAGCACACUGAGUCACUAUACAGAAAGUGUGGGAAGUGGAGAAAUGGGAGCACCUCCUGUGGUACAGCAGCAAGCAUUUCAAGGUGUGGGUCCACAGCAGAUGGAUUUUAGCAGUGCUGCUCCUCCAGCAAUUCCAGCAUCUAGUAUACCACAGAGUGUUUCUCAAUCACAGCUUGCACAAGUCCAGCUGCAUUCUCAAGAAGUAAGCUAUCCACAGCAGAAGCCAGGGGUCCAGCCUUCUGCACAGGCCAGUCUAACCACUGUUACUGGGGUUCAGCCAGCUCCAGUUAAUAUACUAGGUGUAUCCCCGUCUCUGGGCCACCAGCAGCCUGCCCUUCAGAGCAUGGCUCAACAGCAGCUGCCGUAUUCUCAGCCAGCACAGCCCGUGCAGACUUUGCCAGUGGUGCAGCAGCAGCAGUUGCAGUACGGACAGCAACAGCAGCAGCAGCCAGUUCCUUCACAGAUGGCCGCGGGUCACGUUAAGACGGUGAACCAAAACUCUGUCACAGGGGCUAUACCAGACUACAUUCAACAUCAGCAGAUCCUUCAGACUCCAGCCCCUGCCAUGCAGCCAAGUUCUACAGGAGUAGGAGCUGGGCAACCGGUUCCUGUUGCCCAGGCACAGGGCAUGCAGCCUUCAGUGCAAGCACAUCCAGCUGCUGCCCCAGCUCAGCCUGUUGCACACGCUCCAGCAGCAAUACCAGGUGUAGCUGCUAGUGGUCAAAUACUAAAUGUUGGGCAGCAAGGAAGUGUAGCUGCUGUGGUGCAACCACAAUCUGCUACAAACCAAAUUCCACCUCCAGUUAUGCCAUCAACAGCUGCUCCUCCAUCUUCCCAAGUAGUGCAGCCUGUGCAGACAGGAAUAAUGCAGCAGGGAUUACAGGCUAGUGCUACAGGCCUUCCUCAACAAAUGGUCAUUGCUCAGCAAAACACCUUGUUACCUGUACAGCCACAGGCACAAGGAGUGGAAUCUGUAGUCCAAGGGAUGACUGGCCAGCAGCUGCCUGCGGUAAGCCCUAUACCCUCUGCUAGUACUGUUCCUGCACCAAGUCAAGCUGGUUCAGCUGUGCCUCCUGGCAUACCUUCUGCUUCUGUAGGUUUGGGACAGCCACAGAAUAUAGCACAGGCUUCGGCUGUGCAGAAUGGCAAUUUGGCUCAAAGUGUUAGUCAGCCUCCCUUGAUAUCAACAAGUAUAGGUAUGCCAGUGGCACAGAGUGUGCCACCACAGAUGCCACUAAGCUCUACCCAGUUCCCUGCACAAUCACUAGCUCAGUCCAUUGUAAGCCAAAUCGAAGACGGCAGACGCCCUACAGAGCCUUCCUUGGUGGGUUUACCUCAAGCUGCCGGCGUUGAGAGCGGUGGUGGAGCAUCGGCUGCUUCAGAUGGCGGUAGCAGCAGCAUGCCGUCCUCAGCGUCCCUCUUCCCCCUGAAGGUGCUGCCCUUGACAACGCCUCUUGUAGAUGGUGAGGAUGAGAGCUGCCCACAAAAGUAAAGAACCAGUGUGAGAGUUUGAAGAAAGAAUCCGCUCAGAGGACUGAGUCUCAAGCAAAAGCUCCAGGUUGCAGACUCAGAAAGAAACUUCCUUUGGGGAAGGAUCUGCUUCCAGGAUUUGCUCGUCUCUUUUUCCUUGGGCAAACAGUUCUUGAAGCAAACAACAGGGUUGCAGGUAGGUAGGGCCCCUCUGAACUGCCAUCCACUCAGGUGUGAAGGAUAACUUUAUGCUGUUUCUCUAUGCAUUUUUUUUGUUGAUGUUGUCUUCCACUUCUCUAGGCUGAGAGAGGGAAGGAGUGUGAACAUUGUAAAGAAAAAGUGUUGGGGAGAGAGAGAGGAGAGAAAUGUUCUGGGCACUUGGAAAGAAUGCCUUGGUGCAAGCUUCCUGUCUGUGGGUCAUAUUGGUACUUCAGUUCUGUGAAGCACUAAUGACAUUCUUGGUGUGACCCUUCUCUAGACAGGAAACUAAGAGCAGAAGCUGGUGGCUGGAGCCAAGAUAAGGCCAGUGAUUGUGUAUGGUCCAUAGCCACACAGUUUUCAUCUCCUCCCUGUCUCUUUACACUAGUGCUAGGUUUGAAUGUGCAGUAAGGUGGAGAUCGUCAAAUGGGUUUGAAAUCUGACUUGAUUCCCAGCACUGAAAACGUUCCUCAGUUCUAAAUGUGUAAGUGCAUUUCUUCCUUUGGAGGAGCCUGUGGCUGCUGGGUUUGUAAAGUCCUGUUCUUUUGUCCAUGUGAAGGAAAUAGACUGGAAUACUCUGAUUAAGGGGAUGUGCUGCUAACCCACACGAUCAGCAGUCCCUCAGGCCCAGAGAAAGGGAAUCAGCUCAGGUAAAUUCUGCCUUUCUCACUUCGUGCUGUGCAGAGCAACAGCCUCUUCCUUGCAAACAUCGGUAGCUCACAGUCAGACCUUUCUUUUUCCAGCUAUGUGAUUGCUGGCACAGGAAGUUUAUUCUAAAUUCCUUUUUAAUUUUUAGCAAAUCACUUGAAAACUGGCAAUGAAAUUCUAGGGAGAUUUUACCAGUUCCUCUUUGGUGCUGAGUUGAAGUUAUUUGGAACUAUGUUACAUGCAUUAUUACUUUGUUGCAUCUUGUGACUCUCUCUCCCUCUUCAUUCCCUCCAAAUUGCUUCAGGACACCUUCUAACCUUUAUACUGCAUCACAAGCCUGCAGGAGAAGAUCUUAUGUUGCUGGAAGAUGACUGGGUUUGGAUCUUGGCCUUCCCUAAGCAGGAUCUCCUGGCAAAAAAUGGGAUUGGGAAAGACAUGGCUCCUUUUUCCAUCAUACAGAACCACCCUAGAAAUGGAGGCCUAGGCAGAAAAUUACUUCUAAUGCAUCGUUCUUUAGGAAAUGUGUUUGGCCUCCCACGGUCCUUUUGUUACAGUGUCAUAUAGAUACCCUUUAUAAAAUCUAAACAUGGCAUCUUCCUAUCUGAAGAUCGAGUCAAUAAAUCUAAGAUUAAGAGUUUACAGGUCUAAUAAUGUGGUUGGGUCUUGCUGUCCCUUGCAUAGGAGAUGCCACGUGAAUCUAUGAAACAGGAUUCUGCUGUGGUUCAGACUGUUACAUUUAUAAAGCCUUUUCAACUUAUAUUAAAAUUAUUAGAGAUAAUAUUAAUAAAGGUUCUUGUGAAAAUGGUAUUUAGACUUCUACCUUGUUGGGUUUACUUAAAAAUAAAUUUGAGCCAAAAUGUCACAAUGGGCAGUAUAGGAAGUACUGCAUCUUUUGAGGUUUCCUGUGGCUUUGUGUCACAAAAAAGUGUGUUGCAACUGUAGAGAGAUAUAAAAGUGGAAAUCUUAGAUUUUUCUUUAAGAGUGAGAAGUUGUUUGUUAGAAAGCAGAAAGCUUUUAAUUGUUUUCCCCCUAAGGGAUUCUGUAGUCAAACUUAAUUAAUGUCUUGCAAGAUCUUAAAUAAAAACCUUAUGUUUGGCGGCAGUGAGCAACACACACAUGCCUGUGCACUUGUGUUGUUCUCACUAUAGGAAAUUGGUUUUGAAGAAUGGGACUUAGUUCUAAUGUUCAGAUUAGGAAAGGGGAAAGUUUUGUUCUGAAGCUGAGUGUGAGAAUAGGAAGCAGGAGGGUGUACCAGCCCUCUGGCAGUAGGUAAAGAGUACUUUUGUUUUUCUGUUUUCUGCUUCUGGCAGUUGAAGUAAACUAGCCAGAUGCUUGUACUUGAAUCCAAUUAAUUUCUUAAAUCACUUACCACAAAACAUUGUUUUUAAACUAAUGCCUAGAUAUUUUGCUAAAUUCACCAGCUUACUUAAUUUACUCAAUAGUCAUAAUAGUCACAUAGCCCUGAGGCUACUGCUUUAUGGCAGUUGUGACUUCUUACUAUUCUGGAAUUCAUUGCAGUCCUAGUACAUUCUAAAAAUAAUUGCUCAGAUGGUGCUGUUUAAGUACAUACUUAUGUAGUGAGCCAUUUUCACUGGACUUUCUGAAAUUAGCUUUCUAUUGGAUGGCUUUUUAAUAUCUUCUUUUGCUGUGAUUAUCAAACUUGUUUGUCUUGCUGCUUCUGUGGUUAUUAAGUAAAGUGCUGAAUUUAUAACCUGGUAUUUUUAGAGAACUGAUAGUCACAUGCCUGUGUUAAACUAUGCGAGCACAGUAAGACUUGUUAGCUUCGAAGUGUAAAAAGAAAUCAGUUUAAUGUAUCAAAUUCAGUCUUAUUAAUAUGUGGAAAUAUGUAUGUGAUGAACUUAAAAUGGAGUAGUUGUUACAGUUACAGACAUGAAUUAUGUACUGAACAGAAGUAAUCAAGACAUUAAUAGCUGAAGAUCUGUGGGUCUCGGAAGUGAAUUCUAACAUUUGUGACUAGAGUUUUUGUGCCAGCAGUGCUUUUACUUGGAAAUACCUGUUUUUCAAGUUUCUAGUCCAUUUAAGGUCUGAUAUCCUUUGUGCCUUAGUAAGUAUACUUAAACUUGCCUCAGCCACAGUUUUUGGUAAUUUUGUUCUGUAGUAGGUAAAUUUAGGACUGUCAAAUAUUUACAGAACAGGCACUGAGAACUAUUUAUGUUACUGUCUCAGUUCCUAAAAUGGCUUUACUCCUCCCCAUCACAAUUAGGAAACAAAACUACCAAAACAACAGCAAAGGCCAAACUAAAAAGCCUGUUGCAAUUCUACAAGUCAGUAUUUUGAUACUUGUCUCCAUUGUGUUAGCAUGUUUCUGUCACACUCUUGAGUUUUACAGCUGGAAUCCUGGGUUCUUGGUACAUCCUUAGAAUAAUACCUCUUGCCUUUGUGUUAUUAAAUAAUAAAGAUAUCUGAAACAAUUUUCUUCUUGUUUAUAUUGUACUUGCCAUAAGCGUAUGUGUUGAGUGACUCUUCUGACAAACUCCAGAAUGCCAGGAAACAUGGAAAAACACUGUACAGUUUCAGAGGUUUUUAAUGACUGGUACUAACAGAAUUUCAUAAAACAGGCAUAUAAGAUUGCUAUUUUUCCUCUUUCUAUUUUCUUAAAGAUUUCUUUGAGCGUUUGAGCUACCUAACUCACUUCAUGUAAUCUUAAUGUCUUGAUCAGAUACCAGCUCCUCCUAAUUGUUUCAUAGCUGGUCAAUAAAAUCCUGGCUUUUGACACAGUUUUUUCUGUCCCAGAAGAGCUGUCUUGUUUAACUUGAAAGUUUUGAUUUCUUCUUUUCGCCUUCUGUCCACCCCCUGUGGCUUAUGCUGCAGCUUUUUCUCUGUUACAGGAUGCUUUGAGGAAAUACCCUGUAAAGAUCAGGAAAUUUGUGGGAAAUUCUUGCUGAUGUUGCUACUUCAGCCAGAGCUAAACUUGUAGUUUGUGUGAGAGAUGCUUUGUCAGUUUAGUUUCAGGAAGGAAGAUGUAUCAAAAAAUGUUAUUUUUGUAAACAAGAAAAUAAUUUUGAUUUUAUAAACAAGAAAGUGAUGCUAAAGAGCAUAGGUUCUGGGGUGUUUGUAUCCCCUUGCUGUACACUGAGGAGGUGGGUAACAAAACAUGAACAAUUCACUGUGAUUUUCUGAAAGCCAGACUUGUUCCAUCAGCAGUGGUGUGCUUUUAAGUUGGAUUUCAUUCGUUCAGUCCUGUUUGCAGGACACGGGGAUUUGAGCAGGUAACAUUUAAAAAUUGAACAUCUGAAAAAAAAUAUUUUUUCAGAUCUGUUUUUAAUUAUGGAAAGGUGGGUCAUACCUUGGUUUAUCAGACAUAAAGCAUCCCUGAGUCUUGAAAGAAUGAAUGUGAUAUAGGGGUAGGUUUAGAAAAAGUGGUUUUAACUGAAAGCUGAAAAAAGACAUUUUCUGAAAGCAGUGGCGACAAAUGGUUGAACCAUUCCAGUUUUGUUUGUUGCAUGGACUUUACGAAGAAUUCGCAGCUGCACAGCUCCUAGGACAGGUCGGUAAGCUGGUGUCAGCAACAUGAGGUGAGUUGGUGGGUUGUUGCAGGAAUUGCUGUAUUCUGCUGUUUAAGUUGGGUUGUCAGCUUAAAGACCAUAUUAAGUUUGUGAUUUUUUUGCUGAUGACAGUGGCACUUCCCUGAUCGCUUGCUAAGUUUUUUAAAGAAUAUAAAUUUGCUGUUCUCAUGAACUGUAUUGUAUUGUUUAGUUUCCUUGGUUGCUCUCACAUGAGUAGCUUUGCUUUCUCCCCGGUAGAAAGUGAUGUUUCUUGCUUUUUCCAUGUACUGAAGAAGCGGAGAUCAGUAAAAUGUGUGGGGUUUAGCCUCAUGUUAAAGAACAGUAAGUGAAGAAAUUGUACCUUGCACAAAUGGGUGUCACUCUCAUGGGGGCAAGAUAAUAUUUUACUUUGAGAGAGGGUUGUAGGAGGUUGCACAGUUAAAGAGGCAUAUGGCUUUUGGUGUUCUUUUCUGGGUAACUAUUUCAACAAUUGUAACUAUACCAGUAUCUGACCUCCUCUUGCCAGAUUCAGUUGAAGAUAUUACCUAUAAUUCUGAAAAAAAAGACUUUUGAAUAAAUAACCUGUAUGGUUAUAAAUGGAUUUAAUGAGAUCAUAAUUGGCCUUUAAAGAUAGAAAUGUGAUUUAUAUUGAUUUUCUCAAACUAUAACUUGGUCCUGACUUGAACUGAGGUUUCUUCAUUGGAUGGCAUUACUUCAGAGCUCACAUUAAGGUAUCCUUAUCCAUUUGAAUGUUUCAGAGGAAUUUCCACAUACCUGCUGCUGAUGUGUUUAGAACUUUUCAGAAUAGUCAAAUAUGAGCUAUUUUAAAAAGUGGUUUCCUGGUCUCUGGUAGUACUUUGUAUUAGAUGAGAAAGCAUGAAAAAUUGAUUUGCAAAGUCUUUGUGUGCAUAUAUAAACAAUGGAGAGAUGAAAUCAGACCAAAGUAUGUAAGAGUAAAUGAAGAACAGCUGACAUCAGCACAGCUGCUGUGUACAGAUGGAAUGUUCCUGGGUGACUUCAGGAUUACAGUGAAAUUGAAGCUUAGUUGGAUACUGGGACAGCACAGGAACUGGACUAACAAGCAGCCAGCUAAUGUAGGAACUCUCCUGUAACAGGCAGUAGACUUGACAGAAAAUCCCUUGAAGCAGCUAAACCUUUUUUCCUCCUAUAAGCAGUGGUAGAAAAGUCUGGACUCAGAUUUAUAGCUUGUGUUGUGGUUAGGUUCUCUAGUGUAUAAUAGAGUAUAAGUGUUGAUUUGAAGCUUUAUUAUGCCUUGGGCACUAGCUGUGAUUAUCACUUAGUGGUGUCUAAAACUUGAGUUAAUGCUGCAGCUUUCUUUAACAGGAAGAAAGUAGGGGCAAGUUAGAAGGGCUUCUGGACAUUUGUACAUUUAUUCUUAUGUAACUACUUAAGAUCUUGUGUAUCUUUGGCAGCUGCAACGCUUGCAGCUGCUUGAAAUUAGAAGCAGGUUAAAGUAUUGAUAACAACAUAGGAGUAAGGAUAUUCAAAGAGAAAACUUCUAUUAGUUUUCCUAAUAAGAGUGGUGAUAAAAACAAGAAUAUGCUAUACAUAAAAAACUUUUGUUGUAAAAAAAUUGUUGUAGCACAAUCUCAAACUUUUUAGCUUUUCAUGUGUUAAUCUCUGCUCAGUUUUACCUUUCUAGUAUCCUAGAGUAAAACUAAUGUUUUUCAUAAAUUGCUUAAUCAGUUUCUGAACGUUGUAAGUGGUAUUAAUUUAGCACACAAAGUAACUAAUUUCUUAGAGUUUGGGGAACAAUAGGACUUUCUUCUGCUAUGUACUAUACUGAGGAUGUUCCAAGAAGUGAUUUUUUUUAUUGAGUUUUUUUUUCUCCUUAUACUUGUACAGGUGAUACCUUGUAGGUAUCUGUUCCCUUGUAUUAAUGCUAAAUUUUAUCAACAUUUUUUAGCUAUUUUGCCCUGUACUUGGAUCUGCUCUGGAGAUUUCUCCCAUUUA